UGGUUAAUAAAGGACUUGGUGUUUUAUGAUUUGGAAGAGGCGUUACUAGUCCAUAAUAUUUCAUUUUCACGGUCAAAAAAAUAUAAAAAUGUUUCAUCAAUAUUUUCCAAUUUGUGUGGCCCUUGUUGUAUUGGUGGCCGGUGAUAAUGGCAACGAAACAACCAGUGAUCCGAAACCUUCAACGAAAUUGCCACUAGUCACCACAACAUCCACCCCUUACACUCCAUCCAAGGACCCAAUCACUAAUCUGUAUGCACUGAAAAGUCAGGAUGGAAAUUACUGCAUCAUGGUGAAGGCUGCGUUGAGAUUGGGAUUUCAAUAUAAAAACCCUGAUGAUAAAGACCUGUUUGGUUAUGUUGACAUACCAGGCGAGAAAAAUGGAACAUUAGUUACUGGAAAUUGUUCAGUUGUUAACAAUGCACAAGUGUUGAUUUUAAAAUUCCUAAACAACUGGUCUAUGAAUUUCACUUUCAAACAAAACACAACGCUGAAGGAAUACAAUUUGGAAAGCAUAAGCAUCAAGUAUGACAUCCAGCAUAACAAUCAACCAUUUCCCGAUGCAAAAAGUCUUAAUGGAGAAACUACAUUUGCAAUGGAAGAUGGGCACGUAAAGGUGCUAGGAAGUUACAUGUGUUUCAGUCAGAGAGUGUUCAACAUCAAUUCAAAUUCAUCCGAAAAAUUGGGCCUGAUGAAUUUGACAACUAUAAAUGAACAAUAUCAAGCUUUUGUCAAUGUUUCUGAAAUCUUUUUCAGCCAGGCUGUGAAACGUUGUGAUCAAGAUUCAGUGAGUAACUUGAUUCCAAUCGUCGUUGGGGCUGCCCUCUGCGCCCUCAUCGUUCUCGUCCUCGUCGCCUACCUCAUUGGCCGCCACCACAAGAGAGGGUACGAAUCAGUCUGAAGAAUUUGAUUGGUUGCUUGAAAAGUUGUUAGUUACUUGAUGGGUGUAAUUAGUUAUUCAGUUGGAUGUGAUUAGUGUUAGGUGUGAGUUAGAACCGAACAGAUCUUGGUUAUCGAUUGAAAAUUAUGUUUUUAUAAAAAAUUUAAGUUAACACCCUCUGAGAAAAAUAAAUGAAAAAAUUGUAAUAGAAAUUAUAACCUGUCAUCCUGUUUGAAAAAGUUAACAACUGUUGUUAAUAUGUCAGAAGAUCAACAUAUAGAAAUUUAUUUUUCGUAAUCGUAUUCAAAAGUCUUUACUGGAUGCAUAUAUAUCUGUACUCACUUGCGUUUGUAUCAAUUGUAUACAGACCGUAUAUACACAGAUUAUAUAUUUAUGUUUAUAUAUAUAUAUAUAUACACAUCCGCAAAUCAAUUAAUGUUUCAAAAUACUUAAAAAAUUCAAUGACGCAAAUGCGCCAAGAUUUAUAACCGAUGGAACUUGUAAUGGUGAGUGUGGUUAUUGUUGCACUGAUGUUGCAUCGUAAAUACUAACAUUAUCACUAUUAUAAUAUAUUAGUUUGUAAGUUUUUAUAGGGUGGUUAUUCGAAAUUAGCAAUAAAUAGGCAAACAGUGAAUCAUAAAGGAAUGAAUAAAAACGUUCUUGAGAAUUUUCUUGUGUUUAGUUUAUUUUCAAGUAAUGUACAUUCACGGGCAUAUUAUAUUUAUUUGUCUGUUGCUUUUUCUUUCAUCGUUGUUGUGUCGCCGAGCGUAUCUGUAUUUUCUUGUCAUGUUAACUAUUUUUACGUGUUUAGAUGGUUUAUUUUCUUCUGUUUGGUGCAUCAAACAUCUUGCGAGUUUUUUCUUCAUUAUUAUUUGAAAUUUUCAUUUGAAGUUUGUAUGCUGAAAAAAAUAGUAAAAUGAUUUAUGUGAGGUAAGGAAGAUUAAAUGUAGGUACAUCAUAUAACAUUCUGUUGCAUCUAGUGAGACAAUUAGUGAGAUUCCUGAUUAAGAAAUUUUUUAUUUUUCGUAAUCAUUGAAAUAUAAAUUCAUUUUUGUUUUCAUUCUUGGGUAGUAUCAAUAAAAAAAAGAAAAUGUGUUAACAGUUAUACUAUUGAACGUAAAAAGCUGCUGAUAUAAUAUGAUAGGUUUCUCAUUAUUAAUUAGUUAUUGUGAUUGGGUGUAAAUAUUUUUGCCGCCGUAGAAA